UUCAGUCUGACAGGUGAAUGUUCAGACAAUGUCUUACCUGAGCAUUAUACAGAACAACUGGGGAAUGGUAAAUUUGUUUCAUAUUUCAAAGUCAUUUUCUUGAUAUUGAAUUUCUUUCCUGUUGUCCGAAUUCUGGGUGUUUGAUGCCUCAGCUGCACAUGGUCCGUGGUUGCUUCAUACAAGAACAAGUGUUGUGAUUGUUUUAUGAACUAGGAGGAUGAUGAUGAUAAACGCUACACAGGUUUCAUAUUUCACACUAAGUGCCUACUUUGACACUGGGGUUUUCAAAUAUUUAUAUUUUGUGAUCAUUAUGUCUUUGUAUAUAUUAAUUAUCAGUGCCAAUCUUUUGCUCAUUGUGAUUAUCUGUAUGAACAGAAGCUUACAUGAACCUAUGUACAUAUUUCUGUGCAGCCUGUUUGUAAAUGAACUGUAUGGUAGUACAGGGUUGUUUCCAAUGCUUCUGGUUCAGAUUCUCUCUGACAUUCACACUGUUUCUGCUUCAUUUUGUUUCCUUCAGAUUUUCUGUGUGUACUCUUAUGUGUGUGUAGAAUUUUUAAAUUUAGCCAUCAUGUCUUAUGACAGAUAUCUUGCUAUCUGUUAUCCUCUACAAUAUAACACACGUAUGACAUCUGCAAAGGUUGCCAUCCUUAUUGGUGUAACAUGGUUAUUCCCUUUUCUUACUAUUGUUAUUUUGGUAUCUUUGAGUGCACCUUUACAGCUGUGUGGGAACAUCAUUGACAAAGUUUACUGUGGAAACUACUCUGUUGUUAAACUGGCAUGUUCUGACACCAGACUUCAUAACAUUUAUGGACUCAUUUACACUGUUAUCUCAAUCAUCAUUCCCCUAAUUUUAAUUCUUUACACUUACAUGAAGAUUCUCAAGGUUUGUUUUUCUGGUUCCAAACAGACUAGACAAAAAGCUGUCAGUACUUGCACACCUCACCUUGCUUCUCUGCUUAACUUUUCUUUUGGUUGUUGUUUUCAAAUAUUACAGAGCAGAUUUGAUAUGAGCAGUGUACCCAAUAUGUUGCGCAUUUUAUUAUCAUUGUACUUUCUCACAUGCCAGCCUCUCUUUACCCCAGUACUAUAUGGACUGAAAAUGUCCAAAAUCCGCAACAUAUGUAAACGUUUGUUGUGUGGUGAAGUGUAGGUCAUCACAUAGAUUAGUUUUACAUACAUAAAAAAAACAAUAAAUAAAUCACUCUCCUAACUGCAA